AUGAGUCAUUUAAUGAACUUGCCAAUCCUUGUAUUGAAGGAAGGCACCGAUACAUCUCAGGGUCAGGCCCAAAUCAUUAGUAAUAUUAAUGCCUGCCAAGCAAUUGUUGAUUGUGUCAAGACUACUCUAGGCCCUAGGGGAAUGGACAAGUUGAUACACACAGAAAAUGAUGUAACAAUAACUAAUGAUGGUGCUACGGUUUUGAAAUUGCUCGAUAUCACGCAUCCAGCUGCCUCAGUCCUCGUUGAUAUUGCCAAAUCACAAGACGAUGAAGUUGGUGAUGGUACAACUUCAGUUACUGUUUUAGCAGGCGAAUUAUUGAAUGAAGCUAAAGCUUUCAUAUUGGAUGGGAUAAAUCCCCAGGUUAUUAUAAAAUAUUAUCGUGAAGCUUGUCAAGUUGCUUUAAAUCUCAUUGAUAAAGUUGCAAUUAAUCUAUCAAACAAAUCUUCAAGUGAUAAGAGAGAAUUAUUGGUGAAAUGCGCUGAGACCACUUUUAAUUCAAAGUUGUUAUCCGGUUAUAAGACUUUUUUUGCUGAAAUGGUCGUGGAAGCAGUGGCGACUUUGGAUGAAGAUCUGGAUGAGGAUAUGAUUGGCGUAAAGAAGGUGACAGGCGGUUCCUGUGAGGACUCGCUCCUGGUCAAGGGUGUCGCAUUCAAGAAGACCUUCAGCUACGCGGGAGCAGAACAACAACCGAAGAAAUUCAUUAAUCCAAAGAUUUUGUUACUUAAUUUGGAAUUGGAACUGAAAUCCGAAAAAGAGAAUGCUGAAAUCGUGAUUAAUAAUCCACAGGAAUAUCAGAAGAUAAUAGAUGCAGAAUAUCAGAUAAUAUUUGAGAAGCUUGAAAAUGCAGUGAAACUUGGAGCUAACGUAGUUCUGUCUAAAUUACCAAUUGGUGAUUUAGCAACACAAUAUUUUGCAGAUAAGAAUGUAUUUUGUGCCGGCCGUGUAGAUGAAAAUGAUCUCAUAAGAACUAGUAAAGCCACAGGCGCAUCUAUUCAAACUACUCUUAACAACCUUUCAGUUGACGUCUUAGGAACCUGUGGCGUGUUUGAGGAGGUCCAAAUAGGAUCUGAACGUUAUAAUAUGUUCACAGAUUGCAAGAGUGCAAGUACCUGCACCAUAGUGUUGAGGGGUGGAGGCCAGCAGUUCAUUGAUGAAUCUGAACGUUCACUCCAUGACGCAAUUAUGAUCGUCAGAAGAGCAACCAAAUGUAACACUAUUCUACCCGGCGCCGGCGCCAUUGAAAUGUUGCUCUCAACAUAUCUCCUACACUAUUCACUCAACACAAUUAAUCCCACAGACCAUCUCAGCACCACCAAUGGUAUCAACCAUGUCAAUGGCACUAACGGAGUGAAUAAGAGUUUGGUGGGAAAGAGGCAUAUAAUAAUGAAUGGUUUUGCGAAGGCUCUGGAGUGUAUCCCAAGGAACUUGGCCACCAAUUCUGGCUACAAUUCAAACGAUUUAUUAUCAUUACUACGCAAUAAAUAUAAUAAAUUACAAAUUGUUAACGGAGAGAUAAAAGUUAAUAAUGAAGAGAAUUGGUAUGGAAUCGAUUGUUACAAGGGGAGUGUAUGUAACGCAUACGUGGAGUGUAUUUGGGAGCCAAGUCUGGUGAAAAAGAACUCGAUUUACUCAGCAACCGAAGCGGCGUGCCUUGUUCUCUCAGUUGACGAAACUGUCAAGAACCAAUCCAGACAACAAUUGCAGGGCGCUCUACCACAACCUAGAUAA